GCGUGUUAUUCAUUGACGGGGUCGGAAGUGUGUCAACUGAUGCCCGCACUCGGAGAUGGCUCGUGUUUAAACGCUGCUGCGUUCAGGGCCAGUCGUGAACGGGAGCGCGCGGACGCUGAAACCGAAUCCUAUUGAGGAAAGCGCUGGAUUUAAAAAAAAUAUUGCCACUUUCGAAGAAAUGUGAAAGAAAUUCGCGAGUUCUGGUGCCCGGUUCGAAUGAUUGUGGAUCCGUCUUGGUAUCGGGGUGCUUUUUAACCGGCUUCACGCCCGGUCUCUGGCAUGUCACUCAUGUAAAGGGUGGCGAACCACAACGAUUCGCUCGGCAGCAACUUCUGAAUGACGCCGAACUAAGACACUCGGCAUCUCAAAGUCAGUGCGAACUGGCCAUUUCCAAUGAUUAGUUUGCGGUAACCUCACGCGUUCGCCUGUGUAUUGCUUUUCCAUGUUCUGUGUCGUGACGUAACCGUCUGUCGCGGUUGGCGUGAUCCGAGCCAACUCUGCCCAAACUUGCGUCAGCUCGCCCCCGUUACUGGCCCGUCACUGGCCGCUGUAAGCACAGCAUUUGUGGGUAGGGUUUGGACUGGCACUGCUUUGUGGCUUCGCAAUGUUCAUCCAAGUCAAGGAGGGACCAGGUGAUGGACGUCCGUGAGGAGAGCCGAUGGCUGUUGUCACGUGAUCUUGCCUUUGCUUGAUCGCGCUCUUUUUAGGACUUCAAUCUGCCGUCAUGAAUGAGAUGAGGCUUUAAAAGAAACAUGUGAGACGUCCGUUCUGAUCGCGAACUUGUCCGUCACCUUGACCUGGUUCUAUUCCGAGUGAGUCACCCGACACACACCGCCGGAGUCUGAGCCCGAGUUGGACCCGAACCUAAACGCCCGCUGAUGUGAAUGUUUAUGCCGUCUUUUAAGUGUUAGGGUUGGUGACGUCACGGUCGAAUGAACAAGACAAACGACUCGACAGCUUUCAUUUGUCAUUGACGUCGAGAUGUCGGUGUUGUUCUGCAGGAAAACACGACACUGAACCGCACUGUGCGUGUUUAUCCAUGUGGUGAUGCGCUGAUUGACGGUCGGCUUGACCAAUCAGCGCGACGCUCUGUGCCGCUUGGCCAAUCAAACUCGAGUCCCUUUCCGAUUAUUCUUCAGCGUCUGUGGAAUGCCUUCAUUUCACCCCAGAAAUUUGAGUUUAAAAAAAAAAUUCUGCCAGUCGUUCUCGUUGUUGGUUAGUUCAGAUCUUCCCGUUCUGUGUGAAACGCUUGGUUUGACUUGGAAUCGAGAGUGGAAUUACGGUCAGGGGCGGGGCUUAUUCGUCCGAUGACACCGGAGGAAGUUGGAUGCCGUUAAUUUGUCAGACGCGUGAGUCACCGCCGCCCCAAACACAUUGUUGAGCAGCCGCCGGGUGAAGCAAGGCGACGCUUCGUCUGAAUGUUUUCCGUCAUGAAUAUUUCCUCUUCAGCACUGCAGCGGAGUGCGAAUGGAAAGCGUGUCAACCGAGUCGCUAAACGCCUGUCUCCCGCAGCUUGUCCACCGACGCCUCGCCCAGACGCUGACCUGCUCCGUCUGGUCGCAGCGGCUCGCCAGCUCCUUCAAGGUGAGAGGUCACGUGGGGCGGGCAGGUACCGUGGCUCCUGACUGAAGCUGCCUGGUGUUCUGUCGCAGAGGUCCGCAGCCAGGAGGCGGGGGGCUUUUGUUCCUCGGUCCGAGCCUGGAUAAGUUCCGAGUCCUCACACUUGCUCCUGCUGCUUGACUCUUGCCUCCGACCUGAGAGUGGAGCCCAGCGCGGCGCCCAAGCCCCGGCCCGACCCCUCCUCGCUGGUGUUCGGGAAGCACUUCUCGGACCACAUGCUGACCAUCAGCUGGUCGGAGGCCGGCGGCUGGGAGGCGCCGCAGAUCAAGCCCUUCCAGAACCUGUCGCUGCACCCGGCCAGCUCGGCGCUGCACUACUCCAUCGAGCUCUUCGAAGGCAUGAAGGCCUUCCGAGGCGCCGACAACCACAUCCGGCUCUUCCGGCCCAUGCUGAACAUGGAGCGGAUGCACCGCAGCGCCGACCGCAGCUGCCUCCCGCUGUUCGACAAGGCAGAGCUGCUAGAGUGCAUCAGGAAGCUGGUGGAGGUGGACCAGGAGUGGGUGCCUUACUCCCAGCAGGCCAGCCUCUACAUCCGACCCACCUUCAUCGGUACUGAGCCCUCGCUGGGAGUCAGUCGCGCCGGACAAGCCAUGAUCUUUGUCAUCGUGGGCCCGGUGGGGCCGUACUUUGCCACGGGCUCCUUCAACCCCGUCUCUCUGCUGGCCGACCCCUCCUUCGUGCGGGCGUGGAAGGGUGGCGUGGGCGCCUACAAGAUGGGAGGGAACUACGGGCCCACCAUCGCAGUGCAGAACCAGGCGGCCAAACGCGGCUGCCAGCAGGUCCUCUGGUUGUACGGCGAGCAGGAGGAGAUCACCGAGGUGGGAACCAUGAACCUCUUCAUCUACUGGACCAACGAGCGGGGAGAGCGAGAGCUGCUGACGCCUCCUCUGGACGGCAUCAUUCUGCCUGGAGUGACCCGCCAGUCGCUGCUGGACCUGGCCAGGGACUGGGCCGAGUUCAAGGUGACUGAGCGAACGAUGGGCAUGCAGGAGCUGCUGCAGGCUCUGGACGAGGGCCGGGUGAUUGAGGUGUUCGGGGCCGGCACUGCCUGCGUGGUGUGUCCGGUGGGCAGCCUCCAGUACAUGGGCCAGACCUAUCAGAUCCCGACCAUGCAGAACGGUCCGGACCUGGCCAAACGGUUCCACAAAGAGCUAACGGACAUUCAGUACGGCCGGACCCCGAGCGACUGGGCGCCCCUGGUGAUCUGAACCUUGUAGCACAGAUGCCCUUCACGCACACUCACUCUCCUGCCCCCUGGUGGACGGAUGCGUCUCCGCGGUGGAAUGUAGCGACUGGAUUUUAACGGUAUUUUAUGCAGAGUCAUAUUUUAGGGGAUUAGUUUCUUCCAUAGCACAAGUGGCUGGUUUUCAUGUCAAACUUGAACUAUUUUAGACGUCGGACCUUCCUGUCUCCGGGAGCCGACUUUUAGCUGUUUAAACUGUACCUGUCCUCACGGGGGCGCUGUCACCUGUCACGGCUGAGAUUCUGGGCACCAGUUUGAGAUUUUAAAUUAUUGGAUGUCUUCCGAAGCGUGUGUGAAUGUGUCUAUCGUCCCUCUGAAGUGCCUACAGACGUUGACCCUCGACCCCCGUGACCUUCUGUUACGUUCUUUUGUUUUUACAAUAAAGUGGUCUGACUGUG